CUUUACCCUAGAAUCGGAUGCCGUUUCUCCCUUACGCCUCGGCUGUCGUACGCUGACCAAACACAACUUUAAUUUCUCCCAAUAUCGCUACCUUUUAUCACUAAAACACCUCCAAAGUAUGGCCAAAGCACUGGAAAGUCUUCUAGGCAAGAAUUUAGUUGGUAAACACGGCCAAAUUAGCGUGGAAAGCUUGUCUGGCGAGGGCAAGAUUGUUGGGUUGUAUUUCAGCGCGCAUUGGUGCCCUCCUUGUAGGGGCUUCACUCCGAAACUUGUGGAAUUCUACCAAAACUACCGAUCGAAAACAAAUAAUGCGCUGGAAGUUGUGUUCAUAAGCUCGGAUAAAGAUGAGGGGCAGUUCAAUAACUAUUUCAAGGAGAUGCCGUGGCUUUCUUUGCCCUUCAGCGAGCGGGAACGAAAAAAAAAGCUUUCUCAGAAAUUCAAGAUCGCAGGCAUCCCAACGCUGGUGUUACUUGAAGGCAAGGACGGCAGUGUUAUCACCAGAGAUGGGCGGGGUGCCCUCAUAGAAGACCAGGAGGGAAAAAACUUCCCUUGGAGACCAAAACCUCUAUCAGAAAUUAUCAGUGGUAGCCUUGUAAACAAGAAUGGGGAAGUUAUCAAUGCUGGGGAUCUGAAGGGAAAAAUUGUAGGCAUAUAUUUUUCAGCUCACUGGUGUCCACCAUGCAGAGCCUUCACCCCAGAACUGGUAUCAACGUAUGAUGCAGUGCGUAAAGCAAAUAAUGCUUUUGAAGUCAUAUUUGUCAGUUCUGAUAGAAGUCAAGAUUCAUUCAAAGACUACCUAAACACCAUGCCAUGGUUUGCAAUACCCUAUGAAGAUUCUGACCGGCGAUUAGCUGUCUCAAAACAUUUUGGAGUUGAAGGGAUUCCUACUUUUAUUAUAGUUGAUGAGAACUGGAAGAUUAUAUCCACAAAUGGGAGGACUAUUGUGCUGCAUGAUAAACUUGGGAAGGAGUUCCCAUGGAGGAUAAAGCCUUACGAUGAUCUAAACCCCAUCACUGCCCUAAUUGUUAAUGAAGAGACAUGUGCAAUAUACUUUGCAGAUGGGGAGGAAGAAACUCUCAAGCAAGCAAGGGAAAUGUUUCAGCCACUUGCUGAUAAAAUUGCUAAAGAUGCAGCCGAAAAAGGAGAGGAUCGUCCCAUAACGUUUCUCUGUGCUCGUAAUGAUGAAGUUGCGGAAAGCUUGCGUGAGUUUGCCUCCCUUCCAGACGAUGAGAACAUUUUAGUGAUUCUUGAUAUCCCAUCUCGGAGAGUGUUCGUCUCCGACAAUGAUGUCAUCACAACGGAGAAUGCAAGAGAAUUUGUUAAUAAUUACUUAGCUGACAAACUGCAGGGAAGAUUAUUACAUUAGUCAGAAAACUAGAUAUUUAUAAACAUUAAUGUUUUCCUGAAGCAUCUCAGGAAUAGCUUUCUGAAAGCCAAAGAUUCAGUCCCAUGGACAUUUAACAUAUUUUUAUCUCUAUGUGUUGUAAAGUCUUAUACAUGUACAGCCUUUGAGUAUUUGCACGUUGUAAAAGUGGUAUUGUGUAAAAAUAAAAGAUAUUGUACGAAUACUGCACAGAAUAA